CUUCCUUCGGUGUCCAGCUAGCCCAGCAGACAUCGGCCGUUCUCAUUUCUCACCCACAAAACCAAAAAGGUGUAAAACGAAAAAAAAAAGAAGACACGCAACAAAUUUUUAGAGAGAGAAAGUAGAGAGAGAGAGAUACAAAGCACGCAGAUCUCUCUCUGCUUGUCUGAAGCGAAAGUAGUGUUGUUUGGAUUGGAGGAAUGGCUGGGUACAGAGCUGAGGACGACUAUGAUUACCUCUUCAAGGUGGUGCUGAUCGGGGACUCCGGCGUGGGCAAGUCCAACUUGCUCUCCAGGUUCACUCGAAACGAGUUCAGCCUGGAAUCCAAGUCCACCAUCGGCGUUGAGUUCGCUACCCGGAGCUUGAAUGUGGACGGCAAGGUUAUCAAGGCCCAGAUUUGGGACACCGCUGGCCAAGAAAGGUACCGGGCCAUAACCAGUGCUUACUACAGAGGGGCUGUUGGUGCACUGCUUGUGUACGAUGUCACAAGGCAUUCCACUUUUGAAAAUGUCGAAAGGUGGUUAAGGGAAUUGAGGGAUCACACCGAUCCCAACAUUGUGGUCAUGCUCAUUGGCAAUAAAUCAGAUCUUCGUCACCUUGUGGCAGUCUCAACUGAGGAUGGGAAAUCCUUUGCUGAGAGGGAGUCCCUCUUCUUCAUGGAAACGUCUGCCCUCGAAGCAACUAACGUGGAUAACGCAUUUUCCGAAGUUCUUACUCAGAUCUACCGUAUCGUUAGCAAGAAGGCCAUGGAGACCGGAGACAAUGCAGCCGCUUCAGCCGUUCCUUCCAAAGGAGAGAAAAUUGAUGUCAGUACAGAUGUUUCAGCUGUGAAGAGAGCUGGCUGCUGUUCCACCUAGAGGUUUCAAUCUGUGUGGGAUGUGGCUGGUUUGUUUUGCUGCAUCUUGUUUCUAUGUACACUACGAUUGUGUAAAAAUUUUUCACAGAUGCCUAAAGUAGGAGAUAGGCCAGAUCUGUUUCAUUUUACUGUCAAAUUUUUUCUUUGGUGAUGACUGAAAGUUUUAGCUAAGUACUUGCUUAAGAGCUGGAUAUUACAUCCAUUCAAUCUGGUGCUGACCUGGAUGGGCUCGAAUCUGCACCAAAUAUUUGUUUUUCAGACCCAUUAUUGUGAAAAUUGCUUUAUCCGGUCUCA